UCUCGCAGCUCCUGCAGUAGCCCUCGGGGCGUUGCAUCCUGGUCUCCCCUCCUCCUCCUCCUCUUCCUACCCCCCCUCCCUCAGUCCGCCUGUAUCCCUGCAUUCCCUGCUGCAGCAACGGCUCCCCCCGCCGCCCCCCGCCCUGAAUCCCAUCAGUAGCAGCAGCUCCCAGGCUCAGCGCCGCUCUCUGCAGCUGUGCGCCGCGGCUGCUCCGUCCGCUAGGGCUGGGGAGGCCGCCAUGUUGGAUCCUGAGAGCCCAGCAGCAGCAGCAGGAGCGGCCGCCGCCGCCUGUGGGUGUGAGUGAGGGGGAGACCCGGGAGCCGGGCCGGCGAAGGGGGGGCGUGUGGAGGAGCAGGAGCCGGCGGAGCGGAAAGCGGGGCGCAGGCUGUGAGCCCUCCCUGCCCCCCGCCGGAGGAAGAUGCCCUUAGCCCGGUGGGGCGAAGCCGGGGCAGCAUCUCUCCAUCCCCUGGAUUGAAAACACCAGCAGCAGCACUUCCUAGCACCCGGGGGCCUUACAUGUCCAGUGUCUGCUAAUCUCCGCCAGCAGGAGGGGGGGCACCCCGCUCCCCGGGCCGACACCCGGCGGGAGGACACGCACAGACAUGGGAAGGAUUUGACAGGGUUAUUAGCCUGCCCCCCACCUUCCCUGGGUGGUGCUGGUAUUUCGGGGGCUGGUUAGCGCCCCACUCCACACACAGCAGAGAAGAAGGUGGGGGGAUGAAGCCUUUUAUUUUUGGGGAUCACUGAAAAGCCUUAAAAGGAGACUCCUUGAGGAGGAGGAGAAAGGAAAAGCCUUCCUCAGACAGGACUUGGCUGAGCCCUGAGGAGGGGCUGCUUCCAGCGACCUGUUCCCCCCACCCUUCUGAAGAAAUUGCCACUGAUGCAUUUACCGAGUGGUGCUGGAGGAGGAGGAGGUGGAGGUGGUGGGUAUUUUGUAGCCCUUUCCCUCCCCUCCUCUAUGCAUUUAAUUUUCUCCUUCCUUUUAUAUAUUUUUCCUUCUGCUGCUCCUUCCUGGGAAGUGAAUUGCUGAUGCAAACUGAAUGGGGCUUUUACACUUUAGUGAUGCAGUGGGAUUCUUUUCAGGAUUAUGUUGCAUGAUUUGAAUUUUGAAUGAAGAAGGCCUUUUUAAAUAUAUAAAUAUAUCUAUUGCUCUAUAUAUGAUAAAAUUGGUGUCAGUCUUGGUUGAAUUUCAUUUUAAUUAUUAUUAUUUAAAUGUCAAGAGUGACAAUAUAUUUUUUUCUUUCUUUUUAAAAGUAUUAAAAUAUUUUUUUUAGGAUAACUCUUUUCAUUCAAAUGUGUAUAUACUGUAUAUGUGUGUGUAUAUUAGUGAAACUGACCGAGAUUCAGUUUUCAGACUAGGAACACUGAGGUGGAUUGUAAAUUCAGCACCACCUUUGCUACAUUGACAUUUGUUUUAGAAACAUACGUUGUUGAUUUUCUUUUUUAACAAUCCAUUUAAAAGUUUUUUUUUUUUUUAAAAAUAAUAAUAAUUAAAAAAGAAACCCCAGUACAAACUGAAACAACCAUGUCUGGAGAGGUGCGUUUGAGGCAGUUGGAACAGUUUAUUUUGGAUGGGCCAACUCGGACUAAUGGGCAGUGCUUCAGUGUGGAAACCUUGCUGGAUAUACUCAUCUGCCUUUAUGAUGAAUGUAAUAAUUCCCCCCUGAGGAGAGAGAAGAAUAUUCUUGAGUAUCUAGAAUGGGCCAAACCUUUUACAUCUAAGGUGAAACAGAUGCGACUACAUAAAGAAGAUUUUGAAAUCUUGAAGGUGAUUGGUAGAGGAGCCUUUGGAGAGGUUGCAGUAGUAAAACUGAAAAAUGCAGAUAAGGUAUUUGCCAUGAAAAUACUGAAUAAAUGGGAGAUGCUGAAGAGAGCUGAGACAGCCUGUUUUCGAGAAGAGAGGGAUGUACUAGUGAAUGGAGAUAACCAGUGGAUCACAACAUUGCACUAUGCCUUCCAGGAUGACAACUAUUUAUACCUGGUUAUGGAUUACUAUGUUGGAGGAGAUCUGCUCACCCUGCUCAGCAAGUUUGAGGACAGGUUACCUGAGGAUAUGGCUCGUUUUUAUUUGGCUGAAAUGGUGAUAGCGAUUGAUUCUGUACAUCAGUUACACUACGUCCACAGGGACAUUAAACCAGACAACAUCUUGAUGGAUAUGAAUGGACAUAUUCGGUUAGCAGAUUUUGGUUCUUGUCUGAAACUGAUGGAAGAUGGAACGGUCCAGUCUUCGGUAGCAGUUGGAACUCCAGACUACAUCUCUCCAGAAAUCCUGCAGGCCAUGGAAGAUGGAAAAGGGAAGUAUGGACCUGAGUGUGACUGGUGGUCCCUAGGUGUUUGCAUGUAUGAAAUGCUUUAUGGAGAGACACCCUUUUAUGCAGAGUCAUUGGUGGAGACCUACGGGAAAAUAAUGAAUCACAAAGAGAGGUUUCAGUUUCCUGCUCAAGUGACAGAUGUGUCUGAAAAUGCCAAGGACCUCAUUCGAAGGCUCAUUUGCAGCAGGGAGCAUCGACUUGGGCAAAAUGGGAUAGAAGACUUUAAGAACCACCCAUUUUUUGCUGGGAUUGAAUGGGAUAACAUUCGGAACUGUGAAGCACCUUACAUCCCUGAAGUCAGUAGUCCAACUGAUACAUCAAACUUUGAUGUGGAUGACGAUUGUUUAAAAAACUCUGAGACAAUGCCUCCACCAACACAUACUGCAUUUUCUGGUCACCAUCUGCCAUUUGUGGGUUUUACAUAUACAAGUAGCUGUGUGCUUUCAGACCGCAGUUGUCUAAGAAUUACAGCUGGACCACCCUCUAUGGACCUUGAUGCCAGUGUUCAAAGGACUUUGGAGGAUAGCUUAGCAACAGAAGCUUAUGAGAGGAGAAUAAGGCGCCUGGAGCAGGAAAAACUUGAACUCAGUAGAAAACUGCAAGAAUCCACCCAGACAGUACAGGCUUUACAGUAUUCAACUGUGGAUGGUCCAAUAACAGCAAGCAAAGAUCUAGAAAUUAAAAGCUUAAAAGAAGAAAUUGAAAAGUUAAGAAAACAGGUAACUGAUUCCGGUCAGCUGGAACAGCAACUGGAGGAGGCCAGUUCUGCCCGACGAGAAUUAGAUGAUGCUUCUAGACAAAUCAAGUCUUUUGAGAAACAGAUUAGAGCACUGAAGCAAGAGAGAGAGGAUCUUAAUAAGGAACUAAUGGAGUCUAGUGAGAGAUUAAAAUCCCAAACCAAAGAGCUAAAAGAUGCACACAGCCAGCGGAAACUGGCCAUGCAGGAGUUCUCAGAGAUGAAUGAGCGGCUGACAGACUUGCACUCUCAAAAACAGAAACUUACCCGCCAGGUCCGAGAUAAAGAGGAAGAGAUGGACGUGGUGAUGCAAAAGGUGGAAAUCUUAAGGCAAGAGUUACGGAGAACAGAAAGACUCAAAAAAGAACUGGAAGUCCAUGCUGAAGCUGCAGCUGCUGAGGCAUCCAAGGACAGGAAAUUGCGUGAGCGAAGUGAGCAGUACUCUAAACAGCUGGAGAGUGAAUUGGAAGGACUAAAGCAAAAGCAAGUUGGUCGCUCACCAGGGGUGAGCAGCACAGAACAUCAGCAAGAGAUCACCAAAUUAAAGGCUGAGUUGGAAAAAAAGAGUGUUUUCUAUGAAGAGGAACUAUCCAAACGAGAAAUAAUACAUGCUAAUGAAAUCAAAUCCCUGAAGAAAGAACUGCGGGAUGCAGAGAGCCAACAGCUUGCCCUCAAGAAAGAGAUCAUGAUCUUGAAAGACAAGUUAGAAAAGACCAGGAGAGAGAGCCAAAGUGAAAGAGAGGAGUUUGAAACAGAGUUCAAACAGAAGUAUGAACGGGAGAAGACUCUGCUAACAGAGGAAAACAAAAAGCUCUCAAAUGAGCUUGAUAAGCUCACCACGAUGUUUGAGAGGCUAAGUAUGAACAACCGACAGCUAGAAGAAGAAAUGAGAGACCUGGCAGAUAAAAAGGAAUCUGUGGCACACUGGGAGGCCCAAAUUACUGAGAUCAUCCAGUGGGUGAGUGAUGAAAAGGAUGCUCGAGGGUAUCUACAAGCCUUGGCCUCUAAAAUGACAGAAGAACUAGAGGCUCUGAGGAACUCCAGUUUGGGUGCAAGAGCAACCGACAUGCCCUGGAAGAUGCGCCGCUUUGCAAAACUGGAUAUGUCAGCAAGGCUGGAACUGCAGUCAGCCCUUGAUGCAGAAAUCCGAGCCAAACAGGCCGUUCAAGAUGAGUUAAAUAAAGUUAAAGCUUCCAGCAUCUCAACAGAAUGUAAACUUCAAGAGUCAGAGAAGAAGAACUUGGAACUGUUGUCAGAAAUUGAAAAACUGAAAAAGGAGACAGAAGACCUUAGAUCAGAAAAGGGUGUAAAGCACCAAGACUCACAGAAUUCUUUCUUGGCAUUUUUGAAUGCUCCUACCUCUGCUCUGGAUCAAUUUGAACGCUCUCCUUCCUGUAUUCCAGCUAACAAAGGCAGACGUAUUGAUUCAGUUGAGAACUUUACAUUGUCUAAUACUCCUUCACGGGAUGAAGAUAUCAAGUCUCGCCUCCAUUCAAGAUCUAGGUCUCCUUCCACAGCUAGUGACAUUGAACCAAUUGAGGUUACAGAUCAUCCUCCACGCUCGGUUCAUACACCAGCCAUGAGGACAGCAUAUAUUGGAUCAGGACUCUCUGCACCAAAGCCUAAGGCCCACCAGUUUGUAGUGAAAUCUUUUAAUACCCCUACAAAAUGCAAUCAGUGCACAUCUCUGAUGGUUGGUUUAAUAAGACAGGGCUGCACUUGUGAAGUAUGUGGAUUCUCAUGCCAUGUGACCUGUGCAGACAAGGCCCCAGCAGUGUGCCCAAUCCCUCCUGAACAGACCAAAGGCCCUCUGGGGAUAGAUCCACAGAAAGGCAUAGGAACUGCAUACGAAGGUCAUGUUCGAGUUCCUAAACCAGCUGGAGUAAAGAAAGGUUGGCAGAGAGCACUGGCCGUGGUCUGUGAUUUCAAACUCUUCCUGUAUGAUAUAGCAGAAGGAAAAGCAUCCCAGCCCAGCGUGGUAGUGAGUCAGGUUAUUGACAUGAGGGAUGAAGAAUUCUCAGUGAGUUCUGUCUUGGCCUCUGAUGUCAUCCAUGCAAAUCGAAAAGAUAUUCCCUGUAUCUUUAGAGUUACAGCUUCCCAGCUCUCUGCAUCCAGUAAUAAGUGUUCGAUCCUGAUUCUAGCAGACAGUGAGAAUGAAAAGAGCAAAUGGGUGGGAGUGCUGAAUGAAUUGCAUAGGAUUUUGAAGAAGAACAAGCUCAAAGACCGAUCAGUCUAUGUUCCCAAAGAGGCUUAUGACAGCACCCUCCCUCUCAUCAAAACAACCCAGUCAGCAGCAAUCAUAGAUCAUGAAAGAAUAGCUCUGGGCAAUGAAGAAGGGUUGUUUGUUCUGCAUGUCACCAAAGAUGAAAUUAUUCGUGUUGGUGACAAUAAGAAAGUUCAUCAGAUUGAGCUCAUCCAUAAUGAACAGCUCAUUGCAGUGAUCUCAGGACGAAACCGUCAUGUUCGGCUUUUCCCUAUGGCAGCCCUGGAUGGAAGAGAAACUGAGUUUUAUAAGCUGGCAGAGACAAAAGGCUGCCAGACAAUAGUUUCUGGACAGGUACGCCAUGGAGCCCUUACUUGCCUGUGUGUGGCUAUGAAAAGACAGGUCCUGUGUUAUGAACUGAAUCAGAGCAAGACGCGUCACAAAAAGAUGAAGGAGAUCCAAGUCCUGGGAAAUGUCCAGUGGAUGUCGGUCUUCAGUGAGCGGCUCUGUGUGGGUUACCAGUCAGGAUUCCUAAAAUAUCCCUUGCAUGGAGAAGGGAACCCAUACAGUUUGCUCCACCCAGAUGACCACACCCUAUCAUUUAUUGCACAACAGCCAACUGAUGCCAUCUGCGCAGUCGAAAUCUCAAAUAAAGAAUAUCUGCUGUGUUUUAGCAGCGUUGGGGUUUAUGUUGACUGUCAGGGCCGAAGAUCUAGACAACAGGAAUUGAUGUGGCCUGCAACACCAUCCUCUUGCUGUUACAAUGCACCAUGCCUCUCAGUAUACAGUGAAAAUGCGGUCGAUAUCUUUGAUGUGAACUCCAUGGAAUGGAUUCAGACUAUUCCACUCAAGAAGGUACGACCAUUGAAUACAGAAGGAUCACUAAACCUUUUAGGACUGGAGACAAUUAGAUUAAUAUACUUCAAAAAUAAGAUGGCAGAGGGAGAUGAACUGGUAGUUCCUGAGACAUCAGAUAACAGCCGGAAGCAAAUGGUUCGAAACAUCAACAAUAAGCGUCGUUAUUCAUUCAGAGUACCAGAGGAGGAGAGAAUGCAGCAGAGGAGGGAGAUGCUACGAGAUCCAGAAAUGAGAAAUAAAUUAAUUUCUAAUCCAACUAAUUUUAACCACAUAGCACACAUGGGUCCAGGAGAUGGAAUACAGAUCCUCAAAGACCUGCCUAUGCCGUGUUUUCCAUAUCCAUCCCCUCAUCAUCACUUCAGUCUGAUCUCCUCUCCGAGCAACUUCAAGCACAUCUAUCACAUGACUGUUAAUUCAGCUGAAAAAUUCCUCUUUUAUGAUUCCAUAAACCCUGCAUACUCCCCAUCUCUGCGCUCUGUCCCUGGUACACCAGCCUUUGUGACUCUGAGGAACCUUCGGCCUCAGGAGAGUCGGACCAUGUUCAGUGCCUCUGUCAGUAUCCCAUCUAUCACAAAAUCCCGCACAGAACCAGGGCGAUCGAUGAGCGCCAGCAGCGGGUUGGCAGCAAGAUCGUCUGCACAGAACGGCAGUGCUUUGCGGCGGGAAUUCUCAGGCGGGAGCUAUGGAGCCAAGCGUCAGCCUAUGGCAUCACCAUCAGAUGGUUCACUGUCCUCUGGUGGUUUAGACCAAGGCAGUGAUGUGCCGACAAGGGACUAUGAACGAGAGGAUUCUGAUUCUCCAAGGCAUUCUACAGCUUCUAACAGUUCCAACCUAAGCAGUCCUCCCAGCCCAGUUUCUCCUCACAAGACCAAGAGUCUCUCCCUGGAGAGCUCUGACCACGUGAGUUGGGACUCAUGAACUGCUUCAGCAUUCAGAUCCAACAUCACUGCGGCUUAUUAUUCCCAUGGCUCCCCCUUCACUCAACCCAGUUCUCACUUUCAUCACCCUGCCCACUCCCUCUGAAAAUGAUGUGAGGGGAAGGGAGGGAAGAAGAUAAAAGGUUUGCCUUCUCUAGCACUAUUCAGCGCUGCCUCGGCCUCCCCAGAUUUAGCAGCAGCAAACAAGCAAACCUAGGGUGUUGGUAAACAGCAGAUGCAGUAGAUUUGUAUUAGUACUGGUUUCAUUUCAUGUGGCUACAGCUGCUUCCGAUAUUAUAAAUAUAUUUACCCCACCUCAACUUGGAAAAAAAAGUAGCUUAAAUAGACCAGAACAAUAUCAAUUAAAAGAAUAAAUCAGAUGGAUUGUUUCUAUACAAGAGCUAAUUAUCUUGUACAAGAGUAGCACAGAGACCCCACUUCUGGUGGGGAGCAACCAGUCUGUCGGAAGCACAUGAAAGCUUUCAGCUAGCCACCAUGUUUGAAUGUCAAUCUGAUUGUCGCCAGCAAAUCCUUAUUAAAACGAUGCAUAUUUUACUACAGUACAGAGUUUAAAUAAAUACGCAAAUUUAAGAAUUAAAUACGUAUGUAUAUAUUCAAGGAGAAAAAGCAGCAUCAUGUAUGCAGAAGAAGAUGGAUGCCUAUUUAAGAGAACCUUUAAUUUAAAAAGAUUUGUGUUGUUCCCGUUUUCAUGCUAAGUAACACACACAUUGGAGGCCUGGCCUAUAUAUAUGCAGGAGCAGAAUGUUCCCUUUGGGUGACACUGCAUUGUUUUAGGAGAAAUCCCCCACAGUGUGUUCAGUGACCUUUAUUCCUCUUGUCAGUAGCAGAACUAAAGCUGUAAUCCUCAUUUUGAAGAUGACCCUGCCUGUCAUGUGCAAGAAUAACGUUGAUUUGAAAGUGAACCACUCUCCCAUCUACAACAAAGAGCAACAUUCAGCCAUGUUGUCACCAUGGUUUUCAGUGAGGCGGGCACUAGUUGUGCAGCUUGACACCCUUGGCACUCAUGGAUCUCUGCUGGAUACAGUAUACACCCUACGGCAAUAAUGGAACAGUGCAGAAGAAAUCAUAGGGGAUACCAUUUCUCAAGAAGGUCAGUGCCUGACCUGGUUUAAUGAUGAAGGAAAUGGUUUUCUGAGCCACCUUGGCCAUAUGUUAACCAGAAAGCUGUUACAUUGAUUAUCAAAUGUUAGCAUACAAUCUACAUCAGUCAAAUGUGAGUCCUGUUAGCCCGAAAAGAGCCUCUGUGGAAUAUAUUGUUGCUGUAGCAUAGCGAAGAACCUUGAAGAUGCUGACCUAAUACUGUUCAUGCUGUGGCAGUUUAAGACACCUGGUAGCCCAGAGCUGCCAUGCUGAUGAGGUUAAUCAUUUCCAUCCCCCAUCAUUUUGGACUGUGGUUUCAAUUUUUUUCUAUACAAUACCCUGCUGUUUGAGUUCAACAGCGAUGCAGGUUGCAGGCAGAAACACACCACCAGAGGACAGGCUCAGCAGAAGUUGCAGGUCUGUCUUUCAGCAAAGAGCCUGACAUUUAAAUCAAAGGAAUAAAGAGGAGGCAAGAUAAAAAGCAAACCAAUGUCAAGCAGGAAGAUCAUCCAUUCCCUUUUCCAGUGUGAGCUUCUCUUCUCAGUGGGAUCAUUGCUAGCUUUACGCCACGACCCCGCUCAAGCAUAUAAAAGGUUUUUUGUAUUUAGAAAGCUGGUUUUCCUAUGAUUUGGAAUUUUUUUAUGGCUCCUAUCAAACCAUUCCAAGUGCUUACAGUCAGCAAUGUAACGUUUCAUUCACAUUAAUAGAUGCUGAAAUGAGUGGGAAUUUUCCAGGUUCCCUUCACUGAAGGAAUUUAUGGGUAAGUUCAAGCAGGGUGCAGACAAAUUAGGUUAAUCUACAGGCACAGCCAAAACACAAGUAAGACACAGCAUUGCCUUUACUGUGUAACCAUGCAGGGUCUCCUAGGUGCUAGUUCUGUGCUUUAUUCUGCAUUGAGUGGAUUGUCCGCACAUAAACCUGUCAUUCAAAGGUUGGUUGCUUGGUUGGUUUUUUGGGACCGGGAGGAGGGGAAUACAAAAAUUUCUAUAAAGUAUCAUGUCAAAAUCCUGCCUGUCCUGUUUGGUAUCAUGUUGGUGCCCUGUGUUUCAUUGUCACAAAUAAACUUGGCAUUUAGUAGUAAAAUUUAUACCAAACAGGCAAACACCGAGUCCCUUCCCAGUAUGGUAGCUUUUCAUGUCUUUGCAGGAGACACAAAUAGAAAUGUCAGAGGGACUGGCAUUCAUUAAAGUCCAGUGUCACAUUUUUCUUAAAGGUUGUAUAUUGUUCCAUGUGCACCAAAGGCUUCUCUUCCUACAGUUGCCACCUCCUCCUCCUCCUGGUGUAGCACACCAGGGCCCCACACGUUUCAAAGUGUUGCAGACUAGUUUUGUAUUUACUGUAUGUUGUAUUUAAAUGUUAAUCAUAUUUUGAUGUUAACCUGUUAAAGGGAAGAUUCGAGGCUGCUAGCAAAAACCUGUGUGAUAAUCCCACAUGGGAGGGUCAGUUUAUCGGGAAUCAAACUGUGUAUUCCUUUUGCUUCAUCUCUGCUCCAUUUGAAAAUGGAACCAAAGAACCAAGAUACAGCUUACUUUUAAAUUAACCCUAAACAAACCAGUACAUUUGCUUACUCUCCUCUUAUGGUGAAUAUGAACCUGUUUAAAUGUACAUUUUCAGAUGGAGCAUAGAUUUGUCACUUUACAGAGCUGAAUUUCAGAAGGUGAGACCUAUCCUGUUAAAUACAGUACCUAUGUUGGCCUCUAGCCCUUGGCAGUGUCCUUUUCAAAAUAAUUGUAUUUGAUCUGGUACUGUACAUUUUACACAAAUCAUGCCUGUUUAAAAGAGGGAGAAACAGCAAUUGUCCACAUACAUUAUUUGAAAAGAAAAAGCAUUCUAGGAAUUAUAAUUAUAAAAGAAAUCGGUUCUGAUGGGUCCUUGUAAGUGUAGACCACUUGAAAUUUUUGUUGUUAUGAACAUUUGUUACAAAACAUGGAUGUUGCAGGUGUGCUUUUUAAAUUUUCAUUGAGAUAAGAAAAAUACCUUGGUCAUUUGAACUAUAAGACUCUUGUCUGAGAUCUCAGAGGCAGUUGGCUUGUAAGGUUUGGUGUUUGCUACUAGGCAUUGUUUAAAGUUUCCAGUUAUAUAUGGUUGCAUUUAUCCAGGCAAUGUAUAAUCUCCAACUGAAUUUUGACUAAUAUAUUAGCAUAUGUUCUGUGUACACAUAUAUAUAUAUAUCUCUUUUUUUUUUUUUUUUUUGGGGGGGGGGGGGGGGGCUAAGACUGAAAACAUUCUUCACUUAUCAGGACAUACUCUGCUUAAGCAAAUGCCUUUGCUUCAGUCACUGAAAGGCUCCAAAUAGAUUUAAGCAUGUCCCUGAGGACCAUAGCUUCCAGAAUGAAAAAAGGUGCAGGAAAUCAAUUUAAGCUCCCCCCGCCCCCCAAAAAAGAAAAUCACACUUACUUCGCACAUUUCAUAAUUCCCAAACCAAGCUUUAGCACUUUGUCUGUUUCACAUACCACAUCUAAACCGAUUGCAUUUGCUAGUUUUAAAAUAUAGUUCUAUCACUUAGGCAGCUUUUCUCUCCAUCUCAGUCUCUUUAGUGGCUGGCUUGUUUGUUAUUAAAUGUGGAUUUUUAUUAUUCAACAGUUUUGCAGUUCUGACUUGUGCUGUUAAGAGCAAUAAUCUGAUUCUGAUAAAAUUACAAACACGUGUUGCAUGCCGAUAUAUGGUUUAUGAAACAACACAGCAGAAGGAUGCAGUGUUCUCUGCAUACAAAAGCACAGAUAAUGUAUUUGGUGGAUGUAGUUAACUACUACUACAACCUUGGGCUUAAGCAAAACAUUCUUCCUAGAACUGUGUCAGACUUUCAGAAUGAUACACUGCAGUCAGAAGAAUUUCUGACAAAUGAGUGCACCCUAAUAAUACAAGUUUUGUACAUCAAGGAACUCGGAUGGGUUAGACUGAAAAGAAAACAGGCCCAGCCACUGAAUGGUAGAUCAUAACAAGAGUUCUUAAAAUUCCAGAUGUUUCUAGGUUGUUGGAAGUUUUUUUUUUUUUUUUUUUCCAACCAUGUUCACAAAAUUUGAAAAUUUUAAAGUAGUUCACCCUUGUGUAAAGGGCUUAUGUACCACUAAGUAGUAUGUAGACUUUGUGCAGGCCUGCUAAACAGAAGCCUGGUACAGAUGCUCUGUUCUGACCCAAAUCUCACCCGACGGCUGUAGGCACCAGUGUAGCUCUAGAAGAUGAAAUGGACUUGUGUACUCAAAUCCUAUUUGAGAAAAAAGCCCCCAAAGAGCCAAUCUGCUGCAGAUCUCCAAGACCUUGUUGUGCAGUGAGGCAAUUCCACAGCUUGUUUCUUUCCAGCCACAGUUUUUAAAAAAAAAAAAAAAAAAAAAGAGAGAGAGAGAGACCAACUUCAUUCAUGGGGAAGAAAUCCUCACAAAACCACUCUUGGUAUUUCAGAGCAAUUAUACCGGCUUUUUUAUGUAUGACAGUUUCAUAUCAUUUAUUUUUUAAAAAAAUAUUUUUGAGGUUUUUUCAUGGUAAUAUUAUUGUACAGGUUUGCAUGGCAUAGGUGUGAUCACUUUUUGUGUUAGAGUAGAAAAGCUGACAAGUGUGCGUGUGGGGAAAAGACUGCUUUUUGCCUCUUCUCACUAUUUUAUUUUGUUUUAUGCCCUCACUGUGGUAGGGGACAUUGUAAGAGAUUCUCUGCUACAGAAUGAUGUAGAUUCUUUUGCACAGAAAUAUUUAAGGUGGAACAGUCAACAAUGUAAUAAAUGACUUGACACCAAUAUUUUAUGUUGGUAACACUUAAUAUUAACCUACUUUGAUGUACUGCAAUAAAAACAGGGAACUGUUAGAAA